AUGUCCAACCUUCCAGGCCUCCUCAUUGACAUCCCCCGCAACCCCAUCCUCGCCGUUGGAAUUCCCGUCGCUGUAGGUGUCGUUAACGGCUUGGCCACCAAGUCGUCCAACUACUCUGCCGACUCGGUGUGGUACAAAUCUCUCAAAAAGCCUAGCCUGAACCCCCCUUCCAGCUACUAUGGCAUCGUUUGGCCCCUCCUCUACGCUUCCAUGGGUUGGGCUUCCCACUUGACCGUCAAGGCUCUCGACCGCACUCCUCCCGGUCUUGGCCGUAACGCCGCCAAGAAGGCCCUCUCCCUCUACUGGAUUCAGCUCGGUCUGAACGCUCUCUGGUCUCCCCUCUUCUUCGGUGCCGGAAACGUCGGUUUGGCUUUGGUCAACAUUGGUGCUUUGACUGGUACCGUCGCUUACUGGGCUGCUACUGUCAAGGACGUCGAUGAGACUGCCGGUCUCCUUGCCAUCCCUUACGUCGGCUGGUUGGCUUACGCCACUUACCUCAACGCCAGCAUCUGGUGGCAGAACUACGGCUCGUCCAAGUUCGGCAAGCUCAAGAAGGAGGCCAAAGACCUUUAA